AUGGAUUCCAACUCUGUAUCUAAUUCUAAUUUUGAGUUUUCAAAUCACAUCCAGAAAACCUUCGUCAAAAACAACGGUUUCCUUCAUCCCAAGCUGGGUUCCGAACCUGCGAGGUCGCGAUCACGCGCUGCUAUGGCUUCGCCUGCUAACUCCGAGCCUAAGAUCGUCACCGGCAUAGCCGGUUACAUCCUCGAGGACGUUCCGCAUUUGACCGAUUACAUUCCUAAUCUCCCAACAUACCCUAAUCCGUUGCAAGACAACCCUGCUUAUUCAGUUGUUAAACAGUACUUUGUGCAUGUUGAUGACAGCGUUCCUCAAAAGGUCGUUGUUCACAAAGAUGGUGCAAGAGGGGUACAUUUUAGGCGUGCUGGGCCCCGUCAAAAGGUGUAUUUUGAAGCAGAUGAUGUUCAGGUUGCUAUUGUUACUUGUGGAGGUCUGUGUCCCGGGCUCAACACUGUCAUUAGGGAAUUAGUAUGUGGUUUACACCAUAUGUAUGGCGUGAAGAAAGUUCUCGGAAUCAAUGGAGGAUACAAGGGUUUCUAUGCUCGCAACACAAUCAAUUUAACUCCUAAAAGUGUGAAUGAUAUACAUAAGCGUGGGGGGACUGUCCUCGGAACAUCACGAGGUGGACAUGACACCAAAAAGAUAGUUGACAGUAUUCAAGAUCGGGGAAUCAAUCAGGUUUAUAUAAUUGGAGGAGAUGGAACUCAGAAGGGUGCAUCUGCAAUUUUUGAGGAAGUCAGAAGGCGUGGUCUCAAAGUUUCAGUUGUAGGAAUCCCCAAAACAAUAGACAAUGAUAUCCCGGUUAUUGACAAGUCCUUUGGCUUUGACACUGCUGUUGAGGAGGCUCAACGAGCUAUAAAUGCAGCACAUGUUGAAGCUGAAAGUGUUGAGAAUGGCAUAGGUGUUGUCAAAUUGAUGGGUAGAAACAGCGGAUUUAUUGCAAUGUAUGCUACUCUUGCAAGUCGAGAUGUGGAUUGUUGCUUAAUUCCAGAGUCACCCUUUUACCUUGAAGGUCCUGGGGGACUUUUUGAAUAUAUAGAGAAAAGACUCAAAGAAAAUGGGCACAUGGUUAUUGUGAUCGCUGAAGGAGCAGGACAGGAACUUGUUUCCGAGAGUGUGCAGUCCAUGAGUAAACAGGAUGCUUCUGGAAAUAAGCUUCUUCAAGAUGUUGGCCUAUGGAUAUCUCAAAAGAUAAAGGAUCAUUUUGCUGAACAGAAGACACUGCCCAUAACUCUCAAAUACAUAGAUCCAACUUACAUGAUCCGAGCUGUUCCAAGCAAUGCUUCUGAUAACGUGUAUUGCACACUUCUUGCUCAAAGUGCUGUUCAUGGAGCAAUGGCAGGUUACACUGGCUAUACAAGUGGACUUGUCAAUGGAAGACAAACUUAUAUACCCUUCUAUAGAAUCACUGAGAGACAGAACCACGUAGUGAUAACUGAUAGAAUGUGGGCUAGGCUUUUAUCUUCAACCAAUCAACCCAGUUUUUUAUAUGUGAAGGGUGACCAUGAAGAGAAGAAGGAAGAAGAAACAUUGAAUCAGUUGCCGGAUGAACAUUGUUCAAAAGAGAAUUCGGCCAACAAAGAAAUCAGCUGUAUCAGUCCCGCAGCUUGCUAG